GCCUUUUACGUGCUCAACACUGGCCAAAUUGAAACUGCCGCUCAGGGGAAGAGAGAUCCAGACCAGAACUCCCGCCUGUGUGAGGCUUGAUGCCGCUCAUGAAUCCCCGAAAGAAAGUGGACUUGAAACUCAUCAUCGUUGGUGCACUUGGUGUUGGAAAGACCUCUCUCCUUCACCAAUAUGUACACAAAACCUUUUUUGAAGAAUACCAGACCACCCUGGGGGCCAGCAUCCUCUCCAAAAUCAUCAUUCUGGAUGACACCACUUUGAAGCUCCAGAUCUGGGACACAGGUGGUCAAGAGCGCUUCCGUUCCAUGGUAUCAACAUUCUACAAAGGUUCCGACGGCUGUGUCCUGGCAUUCGACGUCACUGAUCCAGAGUCCUUUGAAGCCCUGGGUAUCUGGAGGGAUGACGUCCUGGCCAAGAUCAACCCCAUGGAGCAAUCAUAUCCCAUGGUGGUGCUUGGGAACAAAAUCGAUCUGGAAGACAGGAAGGUGCCCCAGGAGGUGGCCCACGGGUGGUGUAAAGCGAAGGACAUGCCUUACUUCGAAGUUAGCGCCAAGAAUGACAUCAAUGUGGUCCAAGCCUUUGAGGUUCUGGCCAGCCAGGCUCUGCUGCGGUACCAAGGCACUGUAGAGAAUCACCUUGUGGACUCCAUCAAGCUCUCACCAGGCCAGCCGAAGAGCAGAUGCUGCUGACUUCUGGGCUCUUCCUCGGCCCCACCGGCAGCCGGGCAGGAUGCUGACUGCAACCUCACCUCCACCAGCCCCCUGCAUGCCCAUACCGAGGCCGGAGGCUGCAGCAAGAGAGAAUGCCGCAGGCCAGGACUCUUGACGGCUCAAGCUCUUCGGCCUCCUCUCCCCAGCACAGUCCUUUCUGCUCAUCUCUGCAGACAGGCUGCUUCGUUGAGCCCUCGGACCUGUAGCUUGAGGAUGGCGUUACAGCCCUGCUUCCAUCAGUGGCCAGGCUGAGGAGCCAGGACACAAACCGAGCUUCUGCCCGCAGCUUCUUCCAGGGAGAACUGAGGACACUAGACAAAAAUGAUUGUUUCUGCUUCCUAGGUGCUCAAACAACUCCCACAACUGACCAGGCAGGCCUCGGCAUAUCCAUCUGCUGGAUGAGCCGUCCCAAGGUCCCCAACCAGAAGAUCCAUUUAGGUGCUGCGGACUUGCUGCUGCGGACUUGCUACUGCGGACAGACUCAUUUACUCCUUCAGCAAGUAUUGUUGAUGCCUUUGAUGCACAUUGCACUGAGGAUUGGUAGCAGUACAACAGACGGGAGUCCCGAUUUCCCAAAGAAAUCUGGAGAGACAUGGAGUAGGACAGACAGAGCAAUGAGGUGCUGUUUAGACAAAGGGGUUCAUGAGGGCUUUCCUGUGGAGGUGACAGUUGGACUGACAGCUACAGCAUGAGCUACAGGAAGAGCCUAUCAGGAGAGGAAGCCACGAGGCCUAGGGUGAUGGACAGCAUGCUAUAUUCCAUAUGAAAGGUCUUUGCCUGAGAUGUCAAAGCUGCUAUCCGAGGAAAUCCUGCUCCCAGAGAACACCGUGAUGAUUUGGUGACUGACCACCAGGGGGCAGAGGUGUCCUCUGCUUCCAGGCUGUGGUGUUUGUUCUGGGGACACUUGAAAGGCUGGUUUCUGUCAAGUAGAUGGUUGAAGCUGUUCCCAGGCUCUGGGAAUGUUGAACCUGGGUUUGUUGGGUAAGAAUUCAAAUGUUCUGAGUAAAUCCUUCAGGAUCCUUGAUUCAGGCAACCAAUCAAAAUCAGAGACAAAUCCCAGAGCGAGGUACCUGGAGAGCAUAGAGAUUCUGUGCCCCGCACAUUUCAAGGUUAGAACCUGCUUUUCUUCUGGCUUCACACCACAGAUAGGGUGGCUGGCUUCACACCACAGAUGAUAGGGUGGCUGGCUUCACACCACAGAUAGGGUGGCCCAGUCUGAAGGAGACAGUCAGGAUGAACCUUUAUAGGGUUUUCCAAUGUCAGGUUCAUGCCCCAUGCCUACCACGGGCAUUUCCUGUCUCCACUGGAGUCUGCUUCCUCAGUCCCAGGGAGGACUAACGUGUUAAUCUGAAACUAUAGGAAGAAGCACCUGACUCCAAAGAUUCACUGAGAGGAUCAGGGCACUAACCGGGGACUCGAGGGCCCCGUCCACCCACGCCUAGCUCUGGAGUAUAAAGCAAACCACCGUGGGCAACAGGCACAAGGACAGAAUGUGCCUGUAGCACAGCACCGUCUGUGUCCUUCAGAGAUGAAUGCUAUGCACGCACACACACGUGCACACAUACACAUGCACACACCCGUACACGCGCACACAUGC